UUCAUCAAACAUUAGGAUAUUUAAUUGCAUUCACCCUGAAGUUAACUCUAUCUCUUGUGAGUUUAUAUCUGCCCUUUGCAGAAUAAGGAAAACAGUUUGCAUCAUUUUUUUUUUUCAUAUUUAUUGAAUGAGAUUUUUCUCCAAACAAUGAGAAAGAAAAAUCUGAUCUAAACAGGUGUCCCUCAUUGUUUUCUAGUCAUAUUUCUACCUUGGGCCACUUUAAAUCACCAGUAUCAGGAGUGGUUCAGGCAAAAUGGCUGAAAGAAGUUUAUUAGAGCUGGACACAGGUGGAAUGAUCUCAGUCCGUGCACUGGCUGAGCUUUGCCUUGCUCUGGUAAAAAUUCCCGAUUCUUUUAGAGACAGCAGAUAAAGUGAGUGGAGUUAAGAUGGCUGCUGGGUGUUUCUUCAUUUGUUCAGCCGGUGCACUCUGCCUUCACUAAUCCAAAGAGAGCAAUUGAUGGCAUUAGUGGCUCUCUCCUGUCAAUGGGAGCAGGGCGAGGCUCUGCGCAUGCUCCGUGGGGUUCUUUUAUGGGGAAGAGGCUCACGAGUGGUCCCUCCCUCCCCUCUUGUCUGACUCCGUCUGGGAAGGAAAGGUUUGGUGCAUCGGCGGAGACCGGGAGGCUGCCAGGACGCGAUCCGGAGUUGAGAGAUAGUUUGAUUCUUUACAUUUGUGGCCUCCCCAAGGAUCAGCUGCUUCUUCUUCGUCAUCAUCAUCAUCAUCAUCCUCGUUUCAACCAGCAAGUAAUCCCGCACAUCCCCCCGUUGCAUUGAUAGCGGUCCACGGCGCGGCGCAAGACGAACCACCGGUGAAAGAUGUCUGGCUACCAGGGCAAGAAGAACAUCCCCCGCAUCACAAGUGACCGUCUCCUGAUCAAAGGAGCGAAGAUCGUGAACGAUGACCAGUCCUUCUGUGCUGACAUUUAUAUGGAGGAUGGAGUCAUCAAGCAAAUUGGGGAAAACCUUAUUGUGCCCGGCGGGGUAAAAACCAUCGAUGCCCACGGGCGCAUGUUGAUGCCUGGUGGCAUCGACGUGCACACGCGCUUCCAGAUGCCCGAUCGAGGUAUGACGGCUGCAGAUGACUUCUACCAGGGGACCAAGGCCGCGCUGGCUGGAGGCACCACCAUGAUCAUUGACCAUGUGGUACCUGAGCCCGGCAUCAGCCUCAUCUCAGCCUUCGAGCAGUGGCGCGAGUGGGCCGACAGUAAGUCCUGCUGCGACUACUCGCUGCACAUCGACAUCAGCGAGUGGCACAAGGGCAUCCAGGAAGAGAUGGAGACGCUCGUGAAGGAUCACGGUGUCAACUCUUUCCUGGUCUACCUGGCUUACAAAGAUGUUUUCCAGCUUACUGACGCUCAGGUGUACGAGGUGUUCAGUGUGAUCCGCGAUCUGGGAGCCAUCGCCCAGGUGCACGCUGAGAAUGGAGACAUCGUAGCUGAGGAGCAGCGCAGGAUCCUGGAGCAGGGGAUCACUGGGCCUGAAGGACAUGUGCUGAGCCAUCCCGAGGAGGUGGAGGCGGAGGCUGUAAACCGCUCGGUGACUGUGGCCAAUCAGACCAACUGCCCUCUGUAUGUCACCAAGGUGAUGAGCAAAAGCGCUGCUGAUGUCAUCGCUCAGGCUAGGAAGAGGGGCACUGUGGUCUACGGAGAGCCAAUCACUGCGAGCCUGGGAACAGACGGUUCACACUAUUGGAGCAAGAACUGGGCCAAAGCAGCCGCCUACGUCACCUCUCCUCCCCUGAGCCCUGACCCCACCACACCAGACUAUCUCAACUCCCUGCUCUCCUGUGGUGACCUGCAGGUGACAGGAAGUGCACACUGUCCCUUCAACACUGCCCAGCGUGCUGUGGGCAAAGAUGACUUCAGCUUGAUUCCCGAGGGUGUAAAUGGCACUGAGGAGAGGAUGUCCAUCAUCUGGGACAAAUGUGUGGUGACAGGUAAGAUGGAUGAGAACCAGUUCGUGGCAGUGACCAGCACCAACGCCGCCAAGAUCUUCAACCUGUACCCCCGCAAGGGUCGUAUCGCUGUGGGCUCAGAUGCCGAUCUGGUGCUGUGGGACCCAGACGCCACGAAGAUCAUCUCCGCCAAGAGCCACAACUCGACUGUGGAGUACAACAUCUUCGAAGGCACAGAGGUGCGCGGCGGGCCUCUGGUGGUGAUCAGCCAGGGCAAGAUCGUGCUGGAGGAGGGGAACCUCCACACCACCGAGGGCUCGGGACGCUACGUGGCCCGUAAACCUUUCCCUGACUAUGUGUACAAGAGGAUAAAGGCUCGCAGCAGGCUGGCUGAGCUGAGGGGUGUACCUAGAGGACUGUAUGACGGUCCGGUCUGCGAGGUGUCUGUCACCCCUAAAACCAUGACUCCCGCCUCUUCUGCCAAGACCUCACCUGCCAAGCAGCCCAACCAGCCAGUCCGUAACCUGCACCAGUCUGGAUUCAGCCUAUCUGGUGCUCAGAUUGACGACAACGUUCCUCGCCGGAACACCCAGCGCAUCGUGGCUCCUCCAGGCGGCAGGGCCAACAUCACCAGCCUGGGUUAGAGCUCCAGCCCCGCCGGCCGCUGAGGAGGAAACAAAGAUAUGAGGGAGGACGGCCAACAGGAGCUCAAGGGUCGAGAAAAACACGUCACAACACCGGGAGCCUCCCCGCCCUUCGCUGCACCUGACCACGGCCAUCCUUCAGCCUCGAUCUCUCACUUCCUCCUCUGCCGCUUUUUCACGUACCCACUCUCCUCUUCCCCAAAACCUGAUCCUAGAGGACACAGCUAGAAAUGAAAAACAAAAAAAAAAAAAGUCUGCCUCAUGAUGAAAAAAGAGAAAAAAUGAAAACACUCCUUAUUUGAGCACUUUUGACAGCAUUAUUUUGUUUUUUUUAUACUGUACUUUGUCCCUGCCAUGUAUCCUUUUGAUGUUCGUUUUAUUGUUGUUUUAAUAGAGGGGUCAAGUGAGACUAAACUGAAUUAAUACAGAGGAUAAUUUUCAUGCAGGAUGUCCAUUGUAUUUCCAUUCUUUCUUUUCAUUUUGGAAGUAGUUUAAAUGAAGCAUGGGUACAAAACCAGUAUUGUUAUUUUCUAAUUUUGGUUUUAAAUAGGCCAAAACAGUAGGUUGCUUGAAAUUGAAUAGUCUUACAGUUUAUUCAACCGACAAGAAUCUAAUACUUCCUUCAAGCUGUUGACGAUCUGUGAUUUGUAUUAUGUUGCAUCUCAAUCGCUUCGCUUUCCAAUACAUCGCCAUCUGUCACACACACCGCUACGAUCAAUAUCUAAUUGAUUAUUUGCCGGGAAUUUGGCCUCAAGAUUUAAAAAAAUUAAGCAACAACAGCAAUGUUACAUUAGAGCCAUAGACUCUCGCUGCUCUGGCUCUCAUCUCGUGUUUUUCCGCCUGUGGCUUAGCUAAGGUACAGAAGUAAGAAAACAUAUUCCAUAUUUGGCAGCUGCCUUUCAGCUUGUGAGUUGGCGGGAAAAAAAAAAGUCUUGUGCAGCAGAGGGAGCUUUGGCAGGUAGUAAAUAGAGCUUUAUUCCUCAUCUCUGAGCGUUCGGCCGUCGUUAAGUGGGAGGAUUGAAGGAAAGAUACAGGGAGGAAAGAGAAAGUUGUAUACGCUGUCACGUCAAACUCAACCUUUCCUUGCCUUAUUGCUUCUUUAACGCCGUCCUUUUAGAGAACAUUUUAGAAGUGCGGGGAAGGUGCCAUUCACUACGCAGCUACAUAAUUUCCAGUUUGUUUGCAUUCCUGUGAAUCAUAACAGUCCAAAUCUUUCAAUUGACAGCUGUUGAAGCAUCUGAUAAACGUCCGUCACCAACCAGUGCAUUUACAUUCAGAAUGUUUCUCCUCCUCCAAAUGUGACUGUUUUAUACUCAUCAAAAAUCCCUCUUUCCUUUCUACUCUUUAUGUGCCUGAACCCACAGAAGUUGUACUGAUAGUUUGAAUUUUUUCUUGUUUUGUUAUUCUUAUUGAGGUAAGUGAAGGAUGUAAGAUAAAAAGAUGUAAAAUAGCCAGGAUUAACCGAUUCAAAGGUGCCAGAUUUUGCGCUUUCAUAGGGCCUAUUCUGUCGGUAGAGCCCCUGUAAAGACGAAAAAUGCUCGAUAUCUUGAAAUGUUCUAAUGUUUUAGAGUUUUUAACUUGUUGUCAAACUGCUUUUUAGUGUCAUUCUGUAUCUAGGUGCCUGAGGGCUGAGCACUAUUGAUUUACGCUUGAAAGUAGACAUGAGCUAAUGUACUUCUGACUAGUGUGCAGUGUUGAUGUGUGAGGGAUGGGACACACACAGCAGGCUCCUGUACAGCACUCUUUACUGUUGUGGACUUGAUGUUGCUGCAGGCUGUGCUGGACGCUCAUACGUUCUUGUUCCUUUUUUUUUUUUUUUUUUUUUUUUUUGUUUCUUGCAUGAUCUGGCUUUCAUUAAGCCAAGCAACUGAUUUCCUGUGUUCCCUCUUAUGUCAACGAGGUCUUGGCCUCCAGUCACAAUCUUUCUGCAGCCUUUUCCUUCCCCAUGACUCAACAUGGAGCAACAGGCUCAGCCUGACAUGGACACAACCAGGGGCCAGUUACAUAAAUGUGGAUUAAGAAUAGUCUAAGAUUUAGACUGAGCUUAAACUCCUCACUUAGACUCGUCUGAUUAAGACAUCAAUACAAACUUAUUAGAAAGCUGAUGGUUACGAUAUGUUUGCUUGUAACUGAGGGAUAGCUUUAGUUUUCGUUAGCAAGCAGUGUCACAGGUCUUGUAUUAUUCUUUUUUCAUCUGCCAGUUAUCUUAUUCACCCACACCCAUGGUCAGGAUUUGACAUAUACUAACUUCAGGGUCCAGUUGCUCCCAGCGAUGAUAAUUUUGACCAAACACAAAAACUGUAAUGUUUUUGAAACUUAAUCCUCCCAGUUUCUAGUCAGCUCUAUCAUUUAUAAUUUUUACUUUUAUUUUAACUUACAUUCAAGUCAGUCACUUGUAUAAACACGUUUGUGCCAAUGUGUGAAUAGGCACAAAAUAUUAAACAUUACAUUUUUACCUCACACCAGGAGAUUAAAACCCCCAAAUUCAAAUAUACUGAGGACACGACCUCAGCGUCCUCCGGAGCUUCGGCCCUGCCCACAGCACGCUGUGCACUUGGCAAUUUGCUCUAAACCCGUCUUGUCUUUUUGUGUCAAAACAAGUCUGUCUUAAAAUGAAAUUCAAGUCUGUCUUUAUGCAGCUGGCCCCUGACUCGCACUCAUACAUUACAUAUAUAUACAAAGUUACACCAUCUCUGUGUUUGUGCUUUCAACCCCAGUUAUCCAGGCUUCCUCCUCCCCUGAUCGAACUGGAAGCCUAUAGAAGGCAAAGUCCGUCAGCGUUACGAAUGGUAUAUGUAUUUAAAGAAUCCAAAGCAGGGGGAGAGGGAUGUAACAAAUGUAUGCCUCUGAAGCAUUCAGAGAUGAGAUGAGAUAGGAGUGGGAAAUGGAAACUCGAUCUCCAUGGCAACUUACACAUACAUACAUAACAAGGUUUCUGUAAGUCAGGAGUGAGGAAUUUUACCCCGUCUGGAUUGACUUUCCUUCACUCACUGUGGUCUACAGUUUCCUCUUUGUGGAUGCUAUAUUACUCACUGCUAUUACAGCAUUACUUUAGGCGGGAGUGUAGAUGGGUGAGGUGGGGUGAAGUCCUCAAACACUUACUUUGGCAGGAAGUGUCGCUCAACUGAGAGUAAAAGUACACUUCUUGUAUUUUUUCAAUGCCUCCCUUUCAGUUUGUCUGUAUCUCCCUUUCUCCUCCUUUCACUCUCUCCCUCUCUCCCUCUCUGGCACUUUCGUUGUUUCUGGCUGUUGCCGUGGAGACAGACCCCUCCACUCUGUCGGGGUUCUGCUUUUUGUUUGUCAUGGCAACGCUUGUCAGAUUGCAGGUUGCCAUUAGCAACCUGUCCUGACCUGGUGCUAUUAGUACAGCUUUGCAGACACACACACACACACACACACACACACACACACACACACACACACACACACACACACACACAUAGUCACACACAUUUUUAUAAUUAGUCUUUGACAGUGCUGCAGCAUUUCUACAUAAUCCUGUGCUGAGCUGUGUGGAACCCAGAGUCCUCUACUGCUUAAAAAGAAUCUGUUGGAGUUGAAAGCACACUGCACAUUGUGGUGGUAACAAACACACACACACACACACACACACACACACUCACUUGCACUCACUCACUCACGCAGUCACACACACACACACACGCUGAACAGCAAACAGCCGUUGCUGUGAUGCAGCACCCAUGCCUGAAGAAUUGACUUGGAUAUUAAAAACCAGCUGUCAACGCUGGCAUCCAUGCUGUGUCCCAUGCCUCCUCAGUUUUCACACACACACACACACACACCUACACACACACGCACGUACACACACACACGCACACGCACACUUAUACUCCUAGAAUGCUCUGUCAGCUUGGAUGCUUUUUCUAUGCCAUAUUAUGCUAAUGAUAUAUGAGUAUGUACACUAUGUGCUGCAGACUGAGAGGAGCUUCCGUCCGUUCUGAGGUUGUUGAUGCUGUUGAACACCUUCUUGCCCCCUGAACCCAUUCGUCCCCCUCUGUAAGCCUUUCCCCUUUGUGAAAGUGAAACUGUGUGAUGGUAUUCGUCUUGGUGGCUGUGGGGUUUCUGGGAUGCUUGCUCACUAUGGAAAAAGUGUCAAAUCCCAUGGAUGGUGAUGUAAAAAAAAAGAAAAGAAAAAAAAACAACAAGGACUUCAAAGAAAUAAAAAAAAAAAAGAAAAAACUGAA